AUGCACGGAGAUUCACAGUACGGAGUACACGCGGCAUACAUGGCAGAUUCACCGCCCUAUCAAGUACAUGGGCAGGAGAAGGCGCUUGGACGGGGUGGCUCCGUCUCUUACGUCGUACCUGCUGGCGAAUUGGCCCUAGACGAGUGCGGAUUGCACGCAGAGGCAAGACGUCGGCAGGAGGAGCAACGGCACGAUGCACGAGAUGGCCGCUCGCCUUGGUCCGGGUGCUGCGGUGCAGGAGAGAACAUGGUCCAGCAGAGCGACGAAGCCUGA